CCCCGCCCACCCCUUCACCCUCGCCGCCGGCCCCCCGCCCCGUGGAGGGCCCCUCCCGCCCCCUCCCGCCCCGCACGUCGUCUCUGACAUGCCUCGUCUCCACUUCUCGCCGGACCCGGCGUCCGAGCCGGAGAAGGAUCCCCUGCAGUUCAGCCUCGCCUUGGGGGGAGCGCCGGAGGAAAUUCAACAGCUAGGCCAACACAUCAAAGAGGUUGCGCAGCAGUUUCUUUACCACUGGAAAACAUUCCCCAUUUUGUUGCCCCCACCACUGGCAUGUGCUAGUGGUACCUGUAAGUCAUGCAAUGACAACAGUGGUGGGGGUGCAGGUGGCAACAUCGGAAAUGGCAUAGGCAUGAUGAGUUCCAUCACCAACUCUCUUGAUGUCAGCUUGGAUGCUGCGGAAGGAAGCAGCUGGACCCAGUCCUUGGGCCGACGUCACAAGCAACUUAAUCUUCGAGAUUUGUUCGUGGCUCCAUCAUUUGAUGAACUCGAUGCAGUGGCUGUUGACAGCAAAGGCGAGCCAAACCGCUUAAACAGCAAACAGCUUGAAUCAGUGAGAGAAAGAGGGGAGUUCGAGGUUGAAAGCUUAAACUUCCCGGGUCAAGUCCACAAGUGGCAACUAAGUCAGUUUCUUCAAAAGGGAACUGAACGAAGCCGAGAAAGUUUAUUAAAUGAUUUGGCCUUGGCCUUACGUUUUGUGUUAGUCACAGGAAGGUCUCGCUUCAUGUCUCAUUUUUUUAGUGUUACUCAAUCUCUCCAGUCAUUUUUGGUUGGACUUUUACGUCUCUUAGAUAUUGUUGUAGGAAUACCAACUCUUCAAGCACACAAUUUAGACGCGAAAAUUCGUGAGGAGCGUUGUCGUUAUUUAGUUGCAGAAUUGGUUUGUCGACCCGAGUUUGAAGACACCUUAGAAGUGUUGUGCAAUUUUGUAAGAAGGCAGCUAAAAAGAGCAACAAUGGAAAAAUUUGAACUUGAAAGGGAAUCUUCACAUCCACCAGUGCCUGUACCGUAUCAAUUUUUGACUCCUAAGGGCAUAGAGCUGGAUUUGAGACUUUUUAGUAGGGAUAUUAUGAAGCGCGCUCUUCCUAUUUUAGUUAAUAUUCUUGAGCGAGAAACCAGAGGCUGGUUCUUGCAUUUUCGUGAGAGACUGAUUGGGGAGUUGCGCACAAGGAAGUUACCUGAUGAAGAAAUCGAAAAGGAAGUUAAUCAGGCAGUGAUGAGAGAAUACCUCCAGCGAGUUUAUACUGGUAUACUUACUCAUCCAGAUAUUCUUGCUCUUGGAGAUGGUAUUGCACAACUCUUAGUUCAACAAGCUCAAUCUGUUGUACUCAUGCAUAGAGCUGUUGAGAAUGUUCAACACAAACUUGCUAAAACCAAAGAAAAUUUGAAACAAAGGAUGGAGCUGUCACAUCCUGUUCUGUCAAGAAUUGAACCUUGGAUGAGAGAAAAAUUAAGAAAAGCAGAAGCCCGCUUUAUUGAAGACUGCCAAUGGAGUGCCCAUGAGGAAGCACUCUGCCUUUGUGCUUCCCAACAAUUGCAUCAAACUAUUUACUUUUUGAACAGAGAUCUCACAUUUAUGAGAGAGAGAGAGCCCGUUCUUACAAAGGAGCUACGAAAAGUUAAAACACCUACUAGGACAUUCCAAUGGCUAACUCGAAUUUGGCUCCCUUCACAUUGGGUUAUUAGGAGGAACUUCCAAGGCCAGUCUGAUGUAAUACCAACAGUUCUAAGCAAUCAAGCUACUUCUAUUACUACCCCUCGAUCUGAUCCUAGCCAGCCUGUGUUUCUAGUGGAAAAGGAAGAAGUCAGAACCACUACUACUCGUUGGCCUAUGUGGCGUUGGAUAAACUAUUGUCAUAGAACGUGGAGUUGGACUUGGAAUGCUAUGUUCUUUUUUGGAGUGGUACUUCCAUGGUGUAGCCCACUCAGCUUGAGAGCUCUGUUCUGUGCUGAACCAUUCAUGCCUGACUUGGAACUGUCCCAAGUUAAUGGCACUCUUUUUCCUCGGAAAUCAUCUCUCACUCCAACUCUUUGUUCUCGUUUGCUCCUUCUGUGGAGGCAUAUUUCUAAAUCAAGAACACACUUCGAAACAAAGCCAGAUACUGGGUUUAUUGGGAAGGGAUUCACAAGGCAUGUAAACCGGUUUUGGAAUUACAUUGUGAAAGGAAUAAUGGGGACUUUAGCUAUAGGGAUUUUGUUUCCUGCCCUUUGCCUAGCUGUUAGCAUGAGCAGUAUUGGCAUUGCACUUACAGCAGUUUUAUGGAUGCCUUGUGUCACUCUCAUUCUUCAUGUUUUAAUGAUGCUGGUUUAUGAUGUUGAUUCUCCUGAUCCAUCACGGAACAGAUGGUUUAUGGUACUGGAAGCAAUUGUCUGGAACAUAUUUACUCAGGGCAUAUUGCAGCCCAUUGCAGCGCUUAUUGUGGCCAUUAUCGUUUGUCCUCUGAUAGCAUUCUGUAUUCUAUCUGUUGGUGUAUGUCGGUAUGGUUUGCGCCUGGUUUGGGACUCUCUUGUUUAUCAUCUUCUGAUAAAGAAACGUGGUCGUAUACCUGCUUCAGACAGCCUGGUAGUUAAGCGAAUAGCUGGCCCUGGGCUUGCUUCAAACUACUACUACCAGAUUCGGCCUGAACAAGCUCUUGCUGCAUUUGAAGCAAAAAUGGAAUUAGAUGAACUUGCAGCUUAUCAGGGGCAAAUCGAGCAUACUAUACUCCAACCACAAAGGGACUUCAGACAUUUCGUCGAGGCUUGCUUUACCCCUUUCUCUGCUCAGUUAUCUGUAAAGCUUGAACCAUACAGUGAACUUGAGAAAGAGGCAGCAGACCUUAUUAACUGUUUACAUGAAAAGCUAGAGAGACGUAGACGGGGUUUGCAAACUGGUCUUUCAGCAAGUGUGAAGUCCAAAGUGAAGCUAACUACGAUGGAGCUUAAGAUGGCUAUACAACAAGCUGCUCUGCUACUUGAGAAGUUCUACCCUUCUCACGUUCUUCGCAAUCUGCCUAUUUUGGAGGAAGAUUUUUGGGAAAACAAAGGGCUGGUUUCGCAUGACUGGGCAGGCCUUGCUGGACUCAUGUAUUCUGAUAUUUUCAGCCUAGACUUUCUGACUCCUUUAGAUGAGGGAGACACAAAAUUUAAACUUGAGCCACAUUCUCAAGUGGACCUUUCAAGAUAUACUGAGAUGCUGCAAUCAACUGAACUUCUUACCAGCAGACCUGAUCUACUUGGACCAGUAUAUUCUCCCCGUGCCAACAUACAAAUUCAGUCUCCAUUUCUUGAUGUUUCAGUUUUUAAUCCUAGACGUACGAUAGGAGGCAAGCAUGACAGAAGAAUGGAGGGCAGUGGUGUUAUGGGAAGCCGUGUUCGAAUGCGAAAGUCUGCAGAGAGCCCUGCUCAGUCUUGUGCUAUAACAGCUCCCAGCACUGUGACCAUAACUGAAGCUCAUGGUGAUAAUGCAAGCUCCUCUCUUGGUGUCUGGCGUCCUUGGAAGCGCCAAUGUGUUCCUUACAGUGCUGAAAAACUCCUCAUCCCACUGCCAAUUCCUCAUCCUGCUCAUAUUGCAGUAACCAUUUACAAUCGAGAUGCUGAUGACCCAAUAUCUUUGGACACUGAUUUAUGUCAAGAAAUAUUGCGUGCUGUUGAGGAUGCCUAUGGUUUCAAGGGGAUUCCCGUAGACAUUGAAGGAGGCAACGGCGUGUCCAGGUAUCGUGGUGGACCAGGGGAUAGCAGUUUUGAUAGUGCUGCUUCUCGUAGCUCGUUAUCAUCCGAUGGUUCAAGACCAGCAGUAGGGGACAUGUUCAGUGAUGAAAGGAGCAGUUCAAGUGUUAUAACUUUCAGGAGAGAGGCCCUUGGACCUCCUCCAGAAGACAGUGAGAAAAGAGAAGAGAGAAAAGCAGAAAUUGAACAUGAAACCUCAGGAUCAGGAACAAAUCGUACUAACUGGAGACCCACAGAUUGGGCUGGUGUUAUGAGGCGGAAAAGGAAAAACUCAGGAUCUGUUCGUGUGGAUCUUGCAUCACCUGAAGAUGUCACUCUUGAUGCAGAUGGUACUUGUGUUGUGUUCAGUUCAUAUGGUACCACUGUUUAGAAGAUUAGGAUGCAUGAAAAUUAUUACAUAUGUACAUAUGUAGGACUGAGAUGUAUUAGAACAUAGAUGACUCUCACUCUGUAAAUUUAUGACAGACAUCUGGUACUUAGAAUCUCUUCUUAUUUUAAUUUUAUAUUCAUGACAAAGAACUUGCGUCUAUUUCACUACAAUUCCUUCGUAUUAAUGGUUAGUUUAGAGGAGCAUAUCACCGUCCAUUUCAACAUGAAACUUGAACUUCCGUUCAACAUGGACUUUUGAGUCCAUAAUUCCUAUAUUUAAAAGAAUUGAAAAUUUCGGUCAAAACUUAUUGCUAAUAUAUAUUGAAUGCUUCAAAAUUUUGGACUAGAUUAGUUAAUUAAGCUUUUUUUUACCUUCACGAAUUUACACCAUUGAUAAAGUCGCUUUUACACACAUUCUUCAAGCAAUGGAUUUGUGCAAGUAAAAAGACUGCCUUUCACACAUUCUUUAUACUUGGUGAGUCUCAAAGCCAUGGAGUCUGUUCUUUUGAGGAAAAAAAUGUUAUUCAUCAGCUGUGCUCAAAAUUUUUACACAAGAUCAAGACUAGUUUCUUACAAGUAUACUUUUGUAGACUUGGAGAUUCUGUCAUGAUCCUGAAAAGACGAUUUUACUUACUUACUAAAAAAUGUGGAAAUGCUGUGAUUGAGUCUACUUCCUAGUUGUUACUGAAUUCUUAUUGCUUUUGGCACUCUUUGUAUUGUUUUUACUAACUCACUCAUCGCUGAACAAUUUUUUAUUGCUUCUAUUUGCUGGUUCUCAAAUCAUGUAAGGUACAUUAAUAUCUAAACUAUUUCCCCUAAGUCUGCAUCAAUUUUAAUAAGUAGCUCUCUAAGAACUACCACUCAUGAACAACCAUUCCUGUUCCUUAAUUUUUGUUUUUAACACUUUGGAAGGACUGUUAACUGAUACAGAGUGUUCAAGAGAAAUCUAGAUUUAUUCUGGAAAUUUUUCCCAUUCCUGUGCAAGUUGCUCAAUAACUUGAUAAUUGCGCGAUUUAGACUUCUAAUUGAAGAUAAAAGAUGUGUCCAAGACCUAGGGAGGAGGACUAAACAGACUGGCCACCCAUUUUGCAGCUGGGAGAAAUGUACAGUUUGUUCGCCCAGUUGCUCAUUCUGUGAUGUCUGAGCACUGAUACACUACCCCACUGUUUUUAUGCUUCUUUACUAUUAUUACUAUUAUCCAACUGUAAAAGACCCCUUUUAUCUAAUUUUAUCGGUGCACUGUUAAGCAGUGAUGCUCAUGCUUCCACACAACAGUGGGUAGCCCCAUUGCUUAAUGCUUGACUGCCAUUAUGGAAUCUUGUAGAAACUUGAUCUGAUGUAUUAUGAUAUACUUAGUUGUUACUUAUGUACAUUCUUAUUUGUUUUUAUGAGAUCCAAACCACUGUUGUGGCUGUUGCACUAAGGUUGCUGCUGCUGUUAGAUUAUUGCUUCUUAUGACGUUGCCUGGUAAUAGCUUGUUCUAGUGGGCACUAAAGUAAAAGUUAGUUUGUGUCUUGUAUAAUAAAAGAAAGCAGCUUUUUUAUUGUUUCAAGGCUCAAGCACUUGAUUUGCUACAAUAGUGGUUGUAAUCUCAUGCAUUGUAACAAUGACUGCCAAUAACAUUUUAUAUUAUCAUUACAUUAAUGAUUGUGAUUAAUACUGUUUACUGUAAAAUAUUGUAAAGUAGAGCGUUUUAAUGCCAAUUCGGACAAGGCUAUCGUUCCUGAUUUGAAUCAAGUGAGAAGUUCAUCAUUAAGACAAAAUAUUGUUUGUGAUAGUCUUGUAAAUAUUUAGAAUUUUAUAUUUGAAAAGCAUUUUAUUGUAAGGCAAGAGCAUUCAAGGCUCCAAUUUGAAUGACGUUUUUUUUUUUUUUUUUACUGGACUUCCCUUGUUUCUUCCUCUGUGGUUUGUCUUCUGAAUGCAUUCAUGAUGUUGAUUGCUAGUUCCUUUCUUUGUAAUUGAAAAAUAAUUUUGUCAUUAUCCUAGGAUUUAUAAGGCAGCAAUCACAGAGUGGAAAGACAUUAUGUGUAAAUUCUAGUCACAUUCACUUUUGUUUAUCUGGUUAAUCUGUAUUUUUUGUUGGGUGAUGUGCAAACGCAAUUGAAAUGACUUGUUAUCAAUAUUGCAAUUAACUUUUGCAAUGAUUAAUUGAUGUGGGUUAUGCAGUGGAAUAAAGUUUAUUCAUACAA